GCAUGCUUCAUUGUUGAAUUUGGUUGGGAUACUGAGACUUGAUUUGUGUUUUCCUCCCUGUUAUUUUUGUCAGGAGGAGUUACUCAAAAUGGGAGCAAUGAAUUCUCACGACGAAAAAAGACGACGCACAAGUCAAAGAGAGGAAAUUUUAUGUAUGUCAUUUCCAUUGAAGCAUUCAUCAAGCAAUCGAAACAGACUUUCCGAUGAAAGUACUGUUGAUACCAUCCAACAACGUCUACGCUUUCAGGAUAUUAUUAUCCAGCAGCCUCCUGCUGCUGGAGGAGAUAUGCAACUACGUCCAUGCUUUCAUGUUUAUUCGGGGUGGGACUUCUGUUCUACAUUGCCGCUAUGUCGUCAUCAGAGUGAUUCUGAUUCCCCUUAUGCUAUUUACCUUAAGACAUUUAAUGCUCGUACUUUUAAUGCGUUGAGUCAAUUUGUAAGAGAUUAUCCCAAUCUGGUAGUACUUCCUCCAAAUGAUUAUCCCAAUUUGGUACCUGUACAACCUACCACCAACCACCUACAGGAAAGAAUAAUAGCAGGAAUCCACAAGAAUAGACUAUUGUUUACAGCAAUCUUGUCUUUCACUCUUGGGGUGUAUUGGUCCAAUGGGUAUCCGUAUCUACAGACAGCGGUUUUGGGAAUUAUAAAGUGGUUAGGAUGGGCUAGUUGUGCAGCAACAAGAACAUCUAUUUUUGGUUAUGUUCUAAUUCUUAUUGGUAUGCUUCUUGAAUGAGUUGGAUGUUCAUGAUCUUUCCCUAUAAAUGUGUUUUGUGAUAGUCAUUCAUAUUCUCCGCCUCUAUCACUUCUUAUCGUUUUGAUCUUUUUUUUUCUAACUAAUUUUCAACUUGCCUAAACGCAUCUAUUGUUUCAACC